AUGGGAAAACCAUUUGACCCAGCAAGAAUUUUGAAAGCUGCAGCUACCAAUAUCAUAGUUUCUUUUUUACUUGGCAAGAGAUUUGAAUAUGAAGAUGCUACACUGCUAAGAUUACUGGAAUUAGUUGAAGAAAAUUUACACCUUUUAGGAACCCCUUCGGUGUUGAUAUAUAAUGUGUUUCCCAAGUUGGGAUUCCUUUUGGAUGGUCCUAAAAAAAUAAUGAAAAACCGAAAAGAGUAUCAUGAGUUCAUACAGGCCACAUUCCUUGAAAAUCUCAAACAGUUUGAUGAAAAUAAUCAGAGGACAUUUAUUGAUGCAUUUCUUGUUCGGCAGAAAAAGGAGAAUAAGAAGUCAACAAAUAGCUAUUUCCAUAAUGAUAAUCUUAUAAGUGUUGUGGAUAACCUAUUUAUUGCUGGCAUGGAUACAACUUCAAACACUUUGUACUGGACCUUACUCCUAAUGAUGAAGUAUCCAGAGGUUCAAAGGAAGGUCCAAGAAGAAAUUGCAAAAGAGAUUGGGGUUCGUCAGCCAAGGACAGAAGACCGAUUCAAAAUGCCUUACACCAAUGCUGUAAUUCAUGAAGUUCAAAGGUUUGCUGAUAUUGCUCCAUUCAAUGUGCCACAUGCAACAACCGUGGACGUAACUUUCAAAGGCUUCUUCAUCCCCAAGGGAACAUACAUAUUUCCAUUGCUGGGCUCUGUGCUCCAUGAUGAAUCCCAGUGGGAGAAACCUCAUGAAUUCUAUCCUGAGCAUUUUCUUGACUCUGAAGGAAAUUUUGUGAAGAGAGAUGCUUUCAUGCCUUUCUCUGCAGGUCGAAGAAUGUGUGCAGGUGAGAACCUGGCCAAAAUGGUGCUCUUCCUCUUCUUUACCAGCUUCCUGCAAAGAUUUACCUUCCAUCCACCCCCAGGAACAUCUAAAGAGGGCCUGGAUCUCACCCCCAUUUUUGGACUUACUGCCUCUCCCAUGCCUUUCAAAACCUGUGCUAUUUUGCGUUGA